UCGAAAAUCAGCGUAAAUUCAAAACGCAAAAAAUUAUUUACAUAAUUAGAAUUAAAAAAACUUUAGUCAUUCCUUAUGGCAUCAAUAAUUAAGCUUAAUUUAGGUAUUAUAAACAAUGGAAAAAUAUGUAAAUUGAAUUGAUAAUUGAAUUCUGUCACAAUUAUCAAGGGAAAUGACAGUUAUGCAACGUUUCUACGUAUGUAUUGAAUUCUUUUAUUAUUCCCUCAUUGUUUCAUGAUAAAUGGAGCGAGGCAGUAACGAAGAAUCGACAAGUAUUACGUCCAAUGUACAGUAUAUGUAGUAUAAAGAGAGCACUUGAGUGAUUUUAUCUUCACGAUAAGCCACAGGUUCCAAGCCCUUCUUGGUUCCCAAAGCAAUGAAGAGUUAGUCUAUUCUGAGUCUGUUUAAGAGAAGUAACUACAUUUCAAGUUAAGCGGUAUAACUACUACUGUAUUUCCUCCGUUACUUCCAAUAAUAGUUACGUAGAUUUGUAGACUGUGAAUCUGACAAUGACCAAAACUCAAACAUUCCUUCAGUACUUGUCAGACAUUCCACGUGAACUGGUUGUUCAUUCACGACAUCAACAUUGAUGGAAUAAUAGAGUCAUUAUCCGAUUAACGACUUUGUUCUAUUGCACAUCAACAUUAAUGCAUAAUUCAAGUGUAUUUUGUACAGAAUAAGUAUUUUUAUAUCAGUUAGAAAUUGAAAAAAAAUUUCAAUCAAGCUAGAAUUUGUUAUAAAAACAUGUCUUUCCAAGGAAAAUAUGUGCUAGGAAUAGAUUUAGGAACGACCUCCGUUAAAAUCGUUAUUUUAUCAGUAGAUAGUAAACAAAUCGUCGCUAAACAAUCAAAGGAAACACAAGCUAAUGUGCCAAGUGAUUUAGGAAUUGAAGGAAAUAAACAAGAUGUGCCAAAAAUUUUAUCUGCUGUUCAUAAUUGCGUUUCUAGACUUCCCAAGGAUCUAUUGAAGCAGGUCAAAAGUAUUGGAAUAUGUGGACAAAUGCAUGGAGUAGCUUUAUGGAAAACUUUUAAUAGAUUAGAACGUGAAAGCAGUCCUUUUAAGUUGGAUAUAGAUAAGGAUAAUGUAUCGCAUCUCUAUACUUGGCAAGAUGGUAGAUGUGAUAAGGAUUUUUUAAAUACUUUGCCAAAAUCUAAAAGCCAUUUACCAGUUCAUACGGGUUAUGGGUGUGCCACUUUAUUCUGGUUUGCACGAAACAAGCCUGAAAAACUUGAAAAAUAUAAUAAAUGUGGAACUGUACAAGAUCUCGUAGUGAGUUUGCUUACAGGAAGUAAUGAAGUAGCUAUAAGUACUCAGAAUGCCGCUAGCUGGGGAUAUUUUAUGACGGAAGAAGGUCAGUGGGAGACUGAAGAGAUGAUGAAAGCUGGAUUUCCAGUUCAAUUAUUGCCAAAAAUAAUUUUAAAACCCGGAGAAGUCGCUGGAAAACUUGCUCAAACAUGGUUUGGAGUACCAGCAGGUGUGCCUAUCGGCGUAGCUCUUGGAGAUCUUCAAUGCUCUGUUUUGCCUUUGUUGAAAGAACCUGAUGAAGCGGUUCUUAAUAUUUCAACAUCAGCUCAACUUACUUAUGUUCAUUCGACAUUCAAUCCACAAUCUUUUACAAAACUGGGAAAUAUAGAGCAUUUUCCCUAUUUUGAUGGAAAAUAUCUUUCUGUUGCUGCUUCAUUAAACGGGGGAAAUACUCUGGCAACAUUUGUAAAAACUUUACAACAAUGGACAAUGGAUUUAGGUUUUUCAGUUCCACAAUCCAAAGUGUGGGAGAAAUUGAUUAGUCUAGGUCAAGAAGACUCAGCAGUUAGUACAAUGGAAAUAGAACCUCUUCUCCUGGGUGAAAGAUAUGCCCCAGAUAAGACCGCCAGUAUUACGGGAGUGACAUUAGAUACGUUGCAACUCGGAAGUGUCUUUCGAGCUCUUUGUUCUGGAGUAAUACGAAAUUUGCACAACAUGAUGUCACUGGAUUUACUAAAAGAAAAAGGAAUUAAACGCAUUGUUGGAAAUGGAUCAGGGCUUGUACGCAAUUCUGUGCUCCAAAAAGAAGUUAUUCGUUGGUAUAAAUUGCCAUUAGAAUUAGGUAACUCUGGAGACGCAGCUUUAGGUGCAGCUUUGGCAGCUAUCGCCGCUGAAUAAAAUAGGAUAAUAUAACACAUUAUAACAUUGAUACUAUGAAUUGGCCAAGCAUGAUAAGUACUGAUUAGUUUACUAGUUUCAGGGAUAAAUUUAUAUCUAUAUAAAAAUUACUCAAAGUUAAGAAAAAAAUACAA